GCCCGCCCCACUCACGCGAUGGGCUCCGAGGCGGCUCAGCUGUUGGAGGCUGCUGACUUCGCGGCUCGCAAGCACCAAUGGCAGCGGCGGAAGGACCCCGAAGGGACCCCCUACAUCAAUCACCCUAUCGGUGUGGCUCGUAUCCUGACCCACGAGGCAGGAAUCUCUGACAUUGUGGUGUUACAGGCAGCCCUGCUCCAUGACACGGUGGAGGACACAGACACCACCCUGGAUGAGGUGGAGCUGCACUUUGGGGCACAAGUGCGGCGUCUGGUGGAGGAGGUAACAGAUGACAAGACUCUGCCCAAGCUGGAGAGAAAGCGGCUGCAGGUGGAGCAGGCACCCCACAGCAGCCCCGGGGCUAAACUGGUGAAGCUGGCAGACAAGCUGUACAAUCUGAGGGACCUGAAUCGCUGCACCCCAGAGGGAUGGUCCGAACACCGAGUCCAGGAAUACUUCGAGUGGGCAGCACAGGUGGUGAAGGGGCUUCAGGGGACAAACCAACAGCUGGAAGACGCUCUAAAGCAGCUGUUUAAGGAGCGGGGGCUGACACUCUGAGCAGUACUUGGAGCCAUCCAGUGGCACAGACUCCAUCCUUGCCCAGGCCAGAGAAGAUUCAUACUUCAGCCUUUUGGUGCCUCCCGAGCUUCCUCCCUGGUUCACUCAGCCCAGAUAUUAGAGACCAGAUACACGUGUCCUUUCUCACUCUGAAGAUCUGCCAACUAAGCUGAGCUCCAGAUUGUGGGAUGAUGCGCGCCAUCCAUUUCUAAUGCAUUCACUGCCCUUCUUCAGGCCUUGGGUCUGAUUGCAUGGUGGGAUCUCUGGCCCCUCAGGGACUUGGGCUUAUAUAUAAACGCUAGUUCAAAAGUCAUUAUGCAAAAUAAAACAUUUGGAUAAA